AUGGCUAGCGAAACUCAAACAGAACUUCGCACUCGCCUAUGUAGAAAAAAAAACAAAUCCGGGAAAAGCGAUGACACUGUGGAGGAUGAGACCAAGGAGGAACUCACAGAUUCGUUGGUACUUAUGGAUGGCUCUCGUGCUGGAUAA